AUGUUUCAUUAUAACGUCACCCAGUGGGAUAUUCUUGUUUAUUGGCCCACAAAAAAGUCACUGGAAAGUAAAUGUAGUACUAUUUUUCUGCUAAAAUCUAUCUUCCUUCUACUAGUUUAG